AUGGCUUUCUACUUCCAGCGACUUUGCUACUUCCCAGCUCUUCUCUCAGUGGUCCUCCAGCUUCUGCAUGGCGUCUCCAGCCAACUAGUUGGGGUUGAGGAACCUAUUUAUGCUCCUCCGCCUCCAUUAGUUGUGAUUGAGGAACCUACUUCUUCUCCUCCGCCUCCAAUAGAUGUGGUUAAUGAACCUAUUUCUGCUCCUCUGCCUCCAUUAAAUGUGGUUAUUGAACCUAUUUUUGCUCCUCCGCCUCCAUUAGUCAAACAGGACAGCAAUGAUGGCAUUGUGCCGGCAUUGUUUGUCUUUGGUGACUCUCUUAUAGACAAUGGGAACAACAAUAACAUCCCUUCCUUUGCUAAAGCUAAUUACUUCCCUUAUGGCAUUGAUUUCAAUGGCGGUCCAACCGGUCGGUUCUGCAAUGGAUUAACCAUGGUCGAUGGGAUUGCUCAACUAUUGGGGUUGCCAUUGAUUCCGGCGUACUCGAAAGCUACAGGAGAUCAAGUGCUUCGUGGUGUCAACUACGCUUCUGCAGCCGCGGGGAUUCUUCCUGACACCGGUGGAAACUUUAUGGGGCGAAUACCGUUCGACCAGCAGAUUCAUAACUUCCAGACAACGUUAGAUCAAGUGACGAGCAAGUCCGGUGGUCCAGUGGCCAUGGCAGACUCGGUGGCUCGAGGAUUGUUCUUUAUUGGAAUGGGAAGUAACGACUAUCUCAACAAUUACUUGAUGCCCAAUUUCCCUACCCGUAACCAAUUCAAUGCCCACCAAUUCGGAGAUCUCUUGGUUCAACACUACGCCAAUCAUCUCACCAGAUUGUAUAAUCUCGGUGGUCGGAAAUUUAUAGUGGCUGGACUUGGAAGAAUGGGAUGCAUUCCAAGCAUUUUGUCUCAAGGAACCGAUGGUAAAUGCUCGGAGGAAGUUAACCAACUUGUUCUUCCUUUCAACACAAACGUCAAAACAAUGAUCUCUAAUCUCAGCCAGAAUCUCCCGGGUGCUAAAUUCAUUUACCUCGAUAUCACUCAUAUGUUGGAAGACAUCAUCGACAACCCCGGGAUUUAUGGCAUUACUACGUUGGAUAAAGGAUGUUGUGGGAUAGGACGGAACAGAGGACAAAUCACAUGUCUUCCCUUUGAGACUCCUUGUCCUAACAGAGAUCAGUAUCUGUUUUGGGAUGCUUUUCAUCCUACUGAGAAAGUUAAUCUCAUUAUGGCUAAGAAAGCGUUUGCUGGUGACCGCACCGUUGCGUUUCCUAUCAACAUUCAGGAACUGGCUAGUCUCAACUAG